AUGCUAACAACGCCAAACGAAGGCCCAAUCGUAAGAAUCGCGCCGAAUCAGUUCAGCAUCGACGACCCAGAAGCGACAAAGGCCAUUUACGGCCUUGCCAAGGGAUUUGUAAAGUCAGAAUGGUACAAGGCAUCCGGCGACCCUUUCGCAUCACAUACGGAUUUGUUUACCGACCCGAACCCCACGCGGCAUGCCUCAAACCGAAGGCUAGUGGCAAACUUGUACUCGGCGACAUCCCUGCGGAAUAUGGAGGGUGAUGUUGACGAAUGUAUCGAUAUGCUCGUCACGCGCCUUAAUCAACUUGCCGCGUCUAGGCAACCGUUCGACUUGCAGUUCUGGAUGCAAAGCUGUGCAUUUGAUGUCAUUGGGCAGAUCACGUUGGGGAAGAGAUUCAGCAUACUCGAUGAGGGUGCCGACAAAGACGACAUCUUUGGCAAUCUACAUGAGUAUCUCAAGUACUGUGCCGUGAUUGGGGUUUACAACGAGCUCCACAGAUUUCUGUUCUGGCUGAUGACCAAGUUUCCAACUAAGGGUCUGACUCGCAUAGGAACAUUCACCGUGGAGCAAAUCGAAAUAUCACGAAACCGUCAUGCCCUCCAAAAGCUGCGAGACGAGAUUGAUCAGAAGCUGCAGGAACUUGGUGACGCAACUCAAAUCCCUUUCAAGGACACACAAGCGAUGCCGUAUCUUCAAGCAUGCAUCAAAGAAGGCUUGAGGCUCCACCCAGCUACUGGCCUCCCCCUUGCGAGAGUCGUUCCUCAAGGCGGUGCUACCAUUAGCGGCACUUACUUCCCCCAGGGUACUGUCGUUGGCACCAAUACUUGGGUGGCGCAUAGAAAUCCCCAAGUGUUUGGAGAGGACGUGGAGGCUUUCCGGCCAGAGCGAUGGCUGGACUCGGACAAGCAGAGGCUUUCAGCAAUGGAGUCAUGCUGGAUGCCCUUCGGAGCUGGAUCUCGCACCUGCAUUGGCAAGAACAUUAGCUUGUUGGAGAUGAACAAGCUGGUCCCUGUGCUCGUCAGGGAGUUUGACUUUGUGGCCUACGAUCCUAUUGAGGUUACUCACGAGGAUUAUUGGUUGGUUGAGCAACGAAACAUGAUGUGCAAGGUAUCUCGCAGAGGUCCGCGUGAGAUGGACAUUAUCACCACCAUGGUGAACAAUACAUCAACAUAG